AUGAACCUCGUGGGCAGCUACGCGCACCACCACCACCACCACCACCCGCACCCCGCGCACCCCAUGCUCCACGAGCCCUUCCUCUUCGGGCCGGCCCCGCGCUGUCACCAGGAGCGGCCCUACUUCCAGAGCUGGCUGCUCAGCCCCGCCGACGCGGCCCCGGACUUCGCCGCCGGCGGGCCACCCCCCGCCGCCUACGGCCCCGACUCCCGGCCGGGCCAGAGCCCGGGGCGGCUGGAGGCGCUGGGGGGCCGCCUGGGCCGGCGGAAAGGCUCGGGCCCCAAGAAGGAGCGGAGGCGCACGGAGAGCAUCAACAGCGCGUUCGCGGAGCUGCGCGAGUGCAUCCCCAACGUGCCGGCCGACACCAAGCUCUCCAAGAUCAAGACGCUGCGCCUGGCCACCAGCUACAUCGCCUACCUGAUGGACGUGCUGGCCAAGGACGCGCCGGCCGGCGACCCCGAGGCGUUCAAGGCCGAACUCAAGAAGGCCGACGGCGGCCGCGAGAGCAAGCGGAGAAGAGAGCCGCCGCAGCAUGAAGGCUUCCCUCCUGCCCUGGGCCCCGGCGAGAAGAGGAUUAAGGGGCGCACCGGCUGGCCGCAGCAAGUCUGGGCGCUGGAGUUAAACCAGUGA